UUCUUCGUGAUUAUAUAUUUUGUCGUGCAAUGGAUAAAUUAAUAGAAAUUUUAAUUGAGUUGGAAGGCGAACCGUUUUUGAACGUGUUUAUUGAAAGCGGUCUAACUAAGGAAUCUCUGAAGCUCCUAAAGCCAAGCCAUUUGGAUACAUUGAUCGACACAUCGCAGUUUGGACCAAGGGUAAUUUUUGAGCAUAAUCUGCUCAAUUGGCAAGCGCAACAGGGAAUAAAAACACAAGCCAUUCACACUGAGGCAUGCGCUUUAUUGGCAAAUGAAUAUCGUGGCGAGGAAUCUUUUGAAGCAAUACUCAGUAAGUCGGCGGGUGGAUCACAAAUCCUGAAAUACUAUGCGCAAAAAAAGUGUCUCACUCCAAAAUAUAGGAAACUUCUGGCUGCAACAGUUGCAAAUUAUUUUAUUUCUGCUGAAGUACAUCCAAACCCUAAAACAUUUGAAGCUUUCGCCAAUAAAAUUGUGGAUUUAUUUGCGAGUGAAUCUAAGGAUAUAUAUUACAUUCAUAAGAAAGGAAAAAAGCCAGGUGGAUCUCUGUAUGCUAAGUACCACAGUGUAUUAUUGAAUCUUAGACGGGAUGGUCUUAUUUCCAAAAGAGAUGUAGAACCAACAACAAAAGGAACGGAGAUUAAUUCAUGCGUAACAGAUUGCAUUCAAGAAAAAUCAUGGUUAAAGUAUAACGUUGAACCAUUCGAUGAAGUUCAACUAAAAUGGGAAGCGACUUUUGCUGUGCGACGACAAAUGCUACAAAAAGAUGCCAAUUUAAAUACAAUUUUAGAAGAAUGGCCUCAGUAUAAGCAGAGUUUUGGACAUUUAAUGAUAGAACUGGAUUUUAAGAAGCUGUACCCCGAAAAGCAAAAUUUGUUAUUUGAUAAAUGGGAGAGCUUCUGCCAAGCGAUUCCACCUUUGCUAGAAAUUUACGUUAAAGAUUCAAACAGCUUAACUACUUGGAGGCAGUUUAAAGAAGGAAGCAUCAAUGCUGAUGCAAAAGACUUAGUCAUUUUUUAUCUUCUACACUCUGUCUUAAUUCCAACUGGCCGAACAUAUAGAACAUGCAAACAGACAAAAAAAAAAACACUUCAUCAAGUACACUAUUGCAGAUUCAAGAAAUAGUUUCUUACUGUGGGCACCGACAAGUAGUGAACUUCAGUCAAAAUUGAAAUUAAUGGUAGAUGCAAAUUAUAUGGAUAAAAGUACGAUUCAGCCAAUUAUAUGUUCCAUUGGAUUGGAUCAUUUUUCUUGCAAGGAAUAUUAUGUGUAUUUCGCCGAUAUAUUUUAUAAGUUCGAUAACCUAAUCAAGUGUAUUGAUGUGUGUUUUAAAACAUUCCAUGUACUUAACCUUGAGUAUCCGCCCGAAUGUAGGUCCAUUUGGCUUUUUGUCCAGCAGUAUUUCUAUAACAUUUCCUUGAAAUCUCGCGAGAAAAAUGGGUCUAUUUGUGCAAUUUUAAACGAUUUGAAAAAACAAAAUAAGACUUAAAAUAAGAAAUAAUUGGAAUGGAUGUACACGUGCAAUGUUCUCAAUGCUUACAAAUAUUCGAGCAUUGCGAGAGUUUGUUAAAGCAUAUCAAAAUUAUUCACUGCUUAUCAGAAAAUGAAAUUUACAAAUGUGGAUUUCAAACUUGUAACCAAUCAUUUACGAAUAUUAAAAAUCUUUGUAAACACAUGCGAAAUGAAAACAAAAGGUACGAAAGCAAUAACAUAGAAAGCUGUGAACAAUAUCAAGAAAAUGUUUCCUGUGCUACUUCAUUGAUACCUCACAAUAUUCUAGCACAUGUUAAUUAUAAGAAUGUUAAUGUAUGUAAGAACCCAACGAAUUUUAAUGUAACACUGGAAAACUUGAAAAGUGGUUGCCUUAGUUUUUCCAUGAAACAAUAUGGUAAAAAAAAUUUUACUAGAAAAUGCGCUAUUGAGCUACAAAAAGAUAUAACUAAUAUGAUUUUACAUCCCUUAAGGAAUCAAUUAAAAAAUGUUCUGCAAAAUUUAGUUUCGCCGAAUGAGAUUGAAAAGAUAGUGUCCAUAUGUAGCAACCCGUUUUCGGAUUUUGAUUCUGAAUAUAAGUUUAUUAAAACUCUCAAAAAGCUUUCCUUAUACGAAAGUCCUCAAGUGAUUAUCAUAAAUAACUCAAUAACCAACUUGCGAA